GCAACAAAACAAAGACCUGCCACUGCAAAUUACUUUCAGGAAAAGCACUGCAACAUACCCAUUUCCACCAUUUGAAACAAUGUUGCACGAGUCACCAUCGCAACAGCCGAUGUUCACACCGACAAAAUUGCGCGGGAUGUUUCUGUUCCUCGGCGUUGUUUUUGUGUUCAAUUUGCAACCCUCGCACUCCUUCGGACUUCCUCCUCUCUCACAAAGAAAAAUCUCCAUCGCAAUCCACAAUCCGGUGGCACUGGGUGCAGUGAGAGGAGAAGGCGAAGCUUCCACCGAGACUCGACAAAAGUAUUCGACCUAUCUUUCGACGUGCAGCCCCGGGCUGAGCCACGUGCUGCAGAAGGAACUGGAAGACCUGCGGACGACGUUAGACAACCCGAACGGCAUUGUCGAUAUAGCCCAGAGCGGAAACGCCGCCGUGACGUUUUCGGCUACCAGAGAAGCAUCCCUUUCUGCCCUCUGCUGGUUGCGGUCCGCCCACCGGCUUCUCGAGUUGGUGGCGACGACCGACGAGGAGAACGACCACCGGCACAAGGACGACGUGGACCGGGGAUCCCUGCUGUACACGCGGCACGAUCUGCACGACUUUGUCAGCCAGUGUGUUGACGCCAAGGAGCUGCUGGGAGACGGCAGGGGGGGACUCCUGACAAUGUCGGUGAAGGCCAUCAUGAACAACCCGCGGCAGCUCCCCAAGGACCUUUCCCACUCCCACUACACAGCGCUGAGCAUCAAAAAUUCCCUGUGCGACGUCGUCCGGGACCUUCGCGGAGAUCGACCGGACGUGGACGUGGACAACCCCGACGUUCCCCUGGUGGCGAUCCUGAGGGGGAUGGGAAACGGCCGGUUCGACGAGGGCGCGGCCUCCGUCUCGAUCUACCGGAGCCUGCACCCGCCCGGGAGCCUCCACAAGCGGGGCUACCGUUCCGGGGGUCCCAUCCACAAGGCCGCGAUGAAGGAGUCGAUGGCCGCGGGCUUGCUCCUGGAGGCGGGAUGGAAAGAAAAGGUCGAAUCAGCCGUUGCGACGACGACGACGACGACGUCCACAGGAAGGGACGCGCAAGACCAUCCGUACAGCCUCACGAUGAUCGAUCCGAUGGCCGGAAGCGGUUCCUUUGUUCUGGAGGCCUGCAUGCUGGCCACGGACAUUGCGCCCGGCCUGAUGCGGAUCCGGUGUGGGGUUCCGAACCACUCGUCGCCCCCAGUGACCCGGUGGAAGGCCGCCGGCGGAGGCAAAGAACCGGACGUGGCCUGGAAAAAGGUCCUGCUCGACGCGACCCAGCGGGCCAAGGCGGGGAUACAGAGGAUGCGGCAGAAUCCCUCGCUGAUCCGGAUCGAAGCCAACGACAUCCAUCCCAGGGCCGUCGACAUCAUGGAGUCGUCUCUCGAGUCGGCGGGGCUCGUGAACUUUGUGAGUUUGUCUAACAUGGACUGCUACGACCUGGACGACAGAAAGAACCAAAACGGCGGUGACGACGACGACGACGACGUGGCUGCGAAUGGCGAAUGCUUUGUGGCCACAAAUCCACCGUGGUAAGUUCGAGUUUGGUUGUGUUGCUUGCGUCGUAACGAGACGCAGUGCGACGAAGACGUUUCCAUCCCAAGGCACCUCGUGCUCAUUCCUUGGCCCUCAUUAUUGUCGUUGUUGCGUUUGUGUUUGUGUUUGUGUUUGCCCUUGUCCUUGUCCUUGUCGCCAGGGGGGUGCGGCUGACCGAGGACAUUUCCGAGAGCUGGGAGGGACUCCGCCACUUUAUCCGGGACAAGUGCCCGGACGGAACGCAGGUGUACGUGCUGUCGGGCGACAAGGCCGCCACCGCCGCCCUCAAGCUGAAGCGCGACCGGAUGAUCCCGCUCCAGGCGGGGGACCAGCACCUGCGAUGGAUCCAGUACACGAUCGGACGGAAAAAAAGAGAAACCGAACGGCGGCCAAAAAGCAGUAGAAACUUCCGCGAGCCACGGGACUACCCAUCGACGCAAACCAAGAAAAACUACAACAAAAGCGUUCCGAAAGCGACAGCAGAAGAUAGCUGGGUGUAAUUGAUUAUUUCUUUUCCAACGAAAGAGCACACGGUAUCCCACUGGUGCAUUCUUGCUGGGUGUUACCCGAAUUUCAAAGGGGUCGAUGAGCGGUGGCGAUGACAACAAGAAUGCAAAUAGCCACGAGUUUUGGCAAUACUCGGCAAAUGGAUAGAAUCAAUUGCAUCGAAUCAAAACAAAUCGAAUCAACACAAAUCGGAAUGGGUGGAGCACAGCGACGGACAAGGGCUCACGCAGGCUUUCACCAGUUUCUUGGCAUUUUGAUUUCGCAAUGCACUCUAUUGCAGAGACCCGGUGAACCAGAAACGAUCGAACCGAUACCUUCAAUUACAUGGCUAACUCAAUCUCU